CAUCCUUCAGUCUACAGACUGGGUAACAUUAACACAAUAAUUAACCAAUUAAUCCAUUAAAGAUCAAGUUCCAAAUUAAUUCCAUAUCUAAAGAACUCAAUAAUAAGAAACAAACAUGUGUUAAUUAAGAAACUCCAUAUUUCUACUUGUGUGCUGGUUAAUGGAUAAAUUCCAAAUAAUACACAGUAAUGACUGUGCCAAUUCAACAGAAGGUGAUUUCAAUGGGAAAGAAAUUAGAUCAUCGAAUACCUUCUUGGUCGACGCCAUUAUGGAGUCACGGUGAAAUCGAAGAACGCGAUGCAAUCUAAAUCGACGACCACCGUGAACAACGAGGAGAGCGCCGAUGAAUUGAUGGAGGAGUCUGCCUUUGAGCAGAUAUGUGACACGAUAUUUGUUCUGAUCCCUGAAGUGCCACGACUGAAGCAGCUGUUUUUAAGCUGGAGCCAAUUAGGCACCGAAGACAGGGCUCUACUGGACGCUAAAGUAGCAGACUGGUGUUGCCCCAGCAGAAGACAGCUUUACAAACCUUUGCAAGAAGCUUUGAUUCGCUGGGAGACCGUCCAAGACACUCAAGGUGCCCCUGGUUGCGAACCAGGCAUGGUCUCGUUUUCAUGUGACCCUCAGCUGGAAGAGGAGCUGGUCAGCGUAAUUUGCAGUCUGGAGCUUUUGUUCUCGAAAAAUCGAAAGCCCAGGGAAAUCGACAUGGAUUACGAGGUUCCACGUUGCACAGGAAUAAUGAGGGACAUGUCUCUGAACCUGAAUUGCGAGAGUAAUCUGCAAUCGAUCCUUACCUCGAAGGAAAGGAUGCCUCGAUCGGUUCACAGUUGCGGUUAUAUUUCAGACUUAAAAAGAUCUGACGACGAAUUCAGUGGAUACUUAACUAAUUAGAAGGAUGAAAUAUAUGGAAAAACAUGAUUUACUUUAUUAGCUCAUGAAUGUCUGAAUUUUAAGGAUGAAUCUCGG